GUCUACGUACCAAAGCUAGCGAAAAAUUAGUUCGAAUUGUUAUAAGAUUUGCUUAUAUAUUAUGGGUUAUAUAUUAAUAGGAUAUAGGAAUAUAAGUGAAGCAAGUGUCCCGUGACACGUGGCCACGUGUGCACGUGUUUAUUAUGUUUGUGGACGUGCAGAAACAUGUUUGCUGCGUGUUUGAUGGUGAGCAAUUAACUGCACUAAAUAACUAGUGUUGCGGCCAUCAUUGUUUGUGACAAACCCGGUAACUCUUGGCAAGAAAGUGACAAGCAAUUGACAAUAAAUUGCCAAACAGUUGGCAAUAACAAACGUGUUUGAGUGACGACAAUAUACCCAAUCAGAAUUUAGAUCACAUCAGCUUUUGAUUUCUCGAAUCAGCUUCUGAUUUCUCGAAUUAGCUUCUGAUUUCUCGAAUCAGCUUCUGAUUUAUCGAAUCAGCUUCUGAUUUAUCGAAUCAGCUUCUGAUUUCCCGAAUCAGCUUCUGAUUUCCCGAAUCAGCUUCUGAUUUCUUGAAUCAGUUUCUGAUUUCUUGAAUCAGCUUCUAAUUUCUCGAAUCAGCUUCUGAUUUCUCGAAUCAGCUUCUGAUUUCUCAGAUCAGAAGCUGCCAGGCCUCUGAAUUUCAUCAGGGUAGUGGCGACUAUCGUGAUGUUGCCGAGAGACAAGCACGGUGUUGGUGUCGUGUUGGUGUUACUGGUGUGUCAGGUGGUUGGUCACGACACUAACAACCUGUUUGAUGUGCAACAUAAACAUGAUAUCAAAACUUCAUCCAAAAAGUUCGCUGGUGAACAUGUUCAACAUGAUGGAGUGGGGCAACAUGUUGUUCAACAUGAAGAACUGGGCCUUCAUGUUCAGCCUGAACAUUUCGGCGACGGUGAACAUGCGACCCUCAAUGAACAUGAUGAGAACAUGCACGAUGUUCAUAGCCUUGAUAACAUGGCGGACAUGAAAAGUGUGCAUAAAACUGAACAUGAUAAGAAUAUGAAGAGUGAACAUGAUCCCAGCAACAUGCAUGACAAGACACAUCAACAUGAUGACAUGGCCACGCAAACUGAAAUUGACAAGAAAAUGUUCACUGAAAAUGAGGAAAUUAAUGAACAUGACAAAGAAAUGCCCUCUGAACAAGAGGGUAAUUUAACCUCGAAGAAACAUUUCAAGAAGCCAACGGACUUGACCAAAGAUGACCUCCCCACCCUCUGCCUCUGCUCGCCCCCUUGCCCCCGCCGUGGGAGGGACUGCCCCUCGGGACGCAUGGUCCCCCGUGGGGACUGUCCCUGCUGCCUCGUCUGCCCCCGGGAGGAGGGGGACGCCUGUGGGGGGCACGACGACCCCCCCUGCAACCUGGGGCUCGCCUGCAGCAGCGGCAGAUGUCAGCCGAGCGCCCCGUGUCGGGAUGACAACGACUGCCCCCCCUGGCUGGCGUGUCUGGGGGGCAACUGCGUGGACCCCUGCCUCCCCCCACC